AUGUAUGGGAAUAAAGUGGGUCUUACUUGGGCUGAAAGAACUGACAGAGAUUUAUACACCCACUCUGAUUCUGACGUGUUCCUUAAAUCCAAUGCAGCUGCUCCUAAAGUGGGCGGAGAGAGAGUCUGUGCUGGUACUGAUAUUGAUGAUCCUUGGAACUCAGAGACCGAGUCUCGAACUUUAAUUUUGAAUAAGAAGAGUCCUUUGCCUAAGAGAAAGGACAGUUUUGAGAAAAGAGGAAGAUCCUCUUAUAAAAGGGAGCCAAUAAAAUCCUCUGUUACCACGGCAACCAGUAGCUCCACCCCCUCAGCACCAAAUGGUAGCCCCACCUCUCCCAGCACUGCUGCCGAUACUAAGAAACCUUUAAAGAACCGAGCUGUCGUUAAUACGUCAGGCAUUGCAAAGUAUCUGGGGAGAGAUGAUAAAAAGGUCGUCCUGGCUAAGAGAGACGUGGAAGAGACAAAUGGAAAGAAAGGUUUGCUAGAAAAUCAAAAUCACUAUAGUGUGGAAAUAAAGAAUGAUAGCUUGGUUAAAUGUACAUAUACACCACAAAGCAAGCUAAGUUCGCCACCACCUCGCACUGUUUGGAACAUUGAUGCUGCCCCAAAGUCUCUACCAACGCGUCAAAGAACCUUGUCCGGAUCAACCACAGACUCUACAGCUUCUACUGACCGUCGUACAACCUUUGAGUCGUCAUCAGCUGAACCUCAAUCAAAAGGAGGACGAGGGAGAGGGAGGGGAGGUCCUAGGAGAGGAGGGGCCAGUGUGGCUGGUAGAGACACAGCUCAUAUUCCAGACACUCAAGACAUUGUCAGCUUGUUUGUUAAGAACAUUCCUUCCUCCUAUUCCAUUCAAGACAUCAUUGAUGGUUUCAGUCCUUUUGGUAAAGUGUAUGAUGUAAGGAGACUACCACAUAAGGGUAAACGUGGAGAAAAAAUACACUAUGUGGUAAAGAGAGAAUCUAUACAAUAUAUUGUCUAACAGUGUUAGAUUUAGAAAGAAUUUAGGAGACUUGCUCUCCCAUAUUUGGUCUAAUGCCCACCAUCCACUAUUCAACUUUUUUGAAAGCAACUUU